AUGGUCAAAAACUUCUUCGUCUGGCUAACAUUCUACCUCAACACCAUCUACUUAGGAAUCGUCAGUUUGACAUUGAAAGUCCUUCAACGACCAUCCUUUGCAUCCUCCAUAUUUUGGUCAAUGUCUUUACAACAUCUGCAAAAUCUUUCACUGAGCCCAAUCAGACGUCAAAGUAUUGACGCUUCGUUUGAUAAUGGACUUGGAAUACUCACGCGAUUUUCAAGCCAAGCUAGAAGCUCCUCCGCUCCUGAAAGACAAGAUUGUUUUCGGAGUCUGAUCGAUGUCAUUCGGAUACUAAAUGAUUUUGGCGAUGAAGAGCAUUUUGAGAAAUUCUUUCAAACAAUUUGUGAACUUGGAGAAGAUGAAGCUUUGCAAGUCCGAGGAGCACUACUCGAAAGAUAUCCGACUCUAUUUUCUGAAUGCCGAGGAUCGAGUCACUUGAAUCCCUACGUGGAUCGUUGCCUAACUCCAUGUCUUACUAGUCAAUUGAACUCGGUGGAAAUGAUAAGAAAAGCGGCAUUGGAUGUAAUCGGGAUAUUGCUUGAACAACGUCUUUUUUCCGAGGAGUCCCUCAAGAAUUUGCUGGUGCCAACACUUUUCCUAACGCUAGAAGCGCCCUUAGAAACGGAUGAGCGAGUGCAACAGUCAUAUAAUCUUUAUGCUGAAGAAAUUCCACUUGAAACAUGCACGGUGAUUUGCCGUGUCAUCUCAAUGCAAUGCAUCAAUGACCAAGAAUGGAUCUUUCAAAAUUUUGUGCCGAAAUUUUCAACGUUUUUGCAAAAGCACUCAUCAGCUUUUCAAUUACGCAAAGCAGCCAUCCAAAUCUUUGGGCAACUUGCGGAUCUUUUUGGUGAAGGAUUUGUAGAAGCGUUUCUCGUUCCACACCUUGUUGCUUUAUCCAACGAUGACGCUUGGGGAGUACGAAAAGCAGUUUGUGAGAUCUUUGUUGAUGUGGCCUCGUUCUCGAACUCGAGAUUACGCAAGGAAGUGCUUGUUCCUGUAUAUUUACGGCUGUUAAACGAUAAAAUACGAUGGGUUGCUAGUAUGGCAGCACAAGAAUUGGGAAGAUUUAUUUCAACAUUUGCGGAUCAUGCUUUUACGGGUCUGUCGGUGCAAAACGGCAAAGUUGUUGAGGCACCUUCCACUAAUGCCGCUGUCAAAGAAGAAGAUAUUCGAAAGUAUGCUGAACUACCUGCAGGGUGCUACAUGCCGGAAAAUGAUCCAAAUUCUUCAUCACUUUACCAGCACGCUGAAUCGUUUGAUGACAAUACUCUCCUACUGUUCGAAAAAUUAAAUCGGCGCUCAAACUUCAAUCUGAGUGUGGCUGCUCUUGGCCGUUGCUCAAGUUCGGACAAUUUAUCCAAAGUAGGAUUGGAAUCGGUGGAUCUUAUGCAAAAUUACGAAGAAGAUAAUCUGGAUUUUGACAACUCAGAUCCGUUCAAUUGCACAAUGGAUAUAAGCUUUGGUGAGACCAGUGGAGUUCUUGAUGGAACACCUAAAGCGAAUACCGAUAAAGUAACACUGUCACCGGCCUCUCCUUCAUCUCCUGAACUAUUAACGUAUUGGCGUCCAACUUUUCAAUUAAGUGACGAUGAUCUCCUUCGAUUUGGCAUUUUGACACCAUUCGGUUCAUCUUCAAGCUCACAACAACAGCAAGGUCCCUCACGCGAUAUUUCGGCUCAACAAUUGCCAUUCCAAGAAGCAAGCUUUUUGUCUAAUGAAGGAAGCAAGACGCCAACGCCAGAUAAAGGAAUGACUACUGGCUCAGAUCUUGUGGAGAUGGAUAUCUCUAACGAUGAUAUGUCGAUUGAUUCUUUUGCAAAUGAAACAGCUUCAACGAGUGGACACGCGAAUGAUACUGUGAAUACGACGGAUUUGUUCGAUCAGAAUACUUCGUGCCAAGAGGAUACAUCGAUGGAUUUCUCUGACUCUUCAUCUACAAUGGACUACAAUGUUUCAACGACGAGUGCAUCAACUUUCACGGAAAUGGAGGGAAGCACUAUGGUUGGCGAUUUACCCCUUCACAACUACCCAACUCAAAACAUCAAUCUUUUGAAUAAUACAGCAUCAUUAUUUCAAAGCAAUGAUGAUAUGUCUUUGGAGUCUUCGUUGAAAACAGCUGCAGAAAUGGAGCCGUCAGCUGAAGAACAAAAGCUGAAAGAGUUCAUCCCGAUGGAACUUGUUAAGUGGUUUAUCAGAGAAAUGAAUGACGAAAGUGAUGCCGAUUAUAAUAAACAUCGGGCCAAAGCUUUUCCAGCUGUUGCGUUGACUCUCGGGAAACGACAUUGGGAGAUUUUACGCAAAACCUACUUGAGGCUUGUCAAUGAUAAUGAAUUGGCUGUGCGAGCACUACUGGCUGCUUCUCUUCAUGAUAUUGCUACAAUCGUUGGACCAGAUAUCACGCUUAACGAUUUGGUUCCAGCCUUUAAUCGCUUUAGAGAAGAUGAGGAAGGGGUUCGACAAAAUCUGUUGUUUAACCUCUUCGAGUUCGUCGAGCGAGUACCGGAACCCGGGAGAAUCCUUUUAUUGCAAAGCCUGCCACAUAUGCUUCGAACUGACAACAACAACAACAACAGUAAUUGGCGUUUUAGGAAAGAUUUCGCGAUUGAAUGUGGAAAACUGUGCUCCCUAUAUUCUUUGGAUGAUGUGAAUCGAGGAAUUUCGGGAAUAGCUUUGACACUAUGCUCUGAUCGGGUCGACGAAGUGCGUGAUGAGGCUGCAAGAUUGACAGCUGGGAUUCUGGGAAUGAUGGUUCAAAAUGAGAUCGGAAAUAACAACAAAUCAUUUGCGGAAACAAAGUACACGAAAGCGUUUGUUGAUGAUAUUGUGCGUGGAUACGCUCAUUCUCGAGUAGCAAAGAAACGGAUCACGUUCGCCACCAUUUGCAAGUACUUAUUGUCCCAGGGAUUCAUCGCAAAAGAACAUUUUAUUGCCUUCCUCCUCGAUCCACUUCUUGAACUAGCUACAGACGAUGUCGGAAAUGUGCGUUACUCAGUUUGUCAAGUGUUGCUACUGCUCAGCACUUUAUUAAAUAUUACAUCAGUAGCAAAUAUCAAUCAAAUUCUGCUCAAAUUGGAAAAGGAUUCGGAUGGGGAUGUUUCGCGGUCAGCACGUCGAAUCUUGGCUGAAAGCGAACAAGUGUAUGCCGCUGAGAUGGCCAAGCCAAUUGACGUGACCACGAGAAAAUUUCAGUUACUCGAAAAGGAAGAAGAAUACUUUGCUACUCUUGCCGAACAUAUGGAACGUGCUCGUAGACAAAAUUUUGAAAAUGGACCUUCAAGC